GCACGGUUCAAUGAGAAAAUACAAUGGGACGGUUUAGAAAGACGCUGCAACUUCUGAGCGGAAGACUUCCUUGUCGGCAUAUCUACAGUUUGCAGUGACUUCUUCACCAUUUUCACGCCAUGGCGUCGCCUUUUCUCAGUCUUCUAACGUUUCUUGUCACGUUUGUGUUUCUAAGCUCAGCCCAGUCCACCUGUAGACAACCACCAGAAGAGAAAUUUGUGUGCAGUCCGGUAGUGAAUUGUGGCAAUGACGAAGCACUUCGAGCAGAGCUGGAACAACUCAAAACCGCAGUGGAGCAACUUUCCAAGACAAGGACGUGUGAGUCUGAAGUCAACGACACAACCACCGACAAGCCCCAAGACUGUCAGGACAUCCUUGACAACGACGAGACCACGCCCAGCGGCGUGUACAUGGUUUAUCCACGGGACAACCUGGGCGACUUCCUGGUCUUCUGUGAUAUGGAUACGGACGGAGGCGGCUGGACGUUGUUCCAGAGACGCCAAGACGGAAGUGUGGACUUCUACCGGGGCUGGUUGGACUACAAGACCGGCUUCCCUUCCAACCUGAACGGCGAGUUCUGGCUGGGGAAUGACAACUUGUACCGCCUGGCUGUGCAGAAAGUCUACCAGCUCAGGGUGGAUAUGGAGGAUGUGGAGGGAAACACGGCGUACGCCGUUUACGACACGUUUGCCAUCUCACCUGAAUCACAGAAUUACAAGCUCCACAUAGGGACUUACAGCGGUAAUGCAGGAGACAGCUUUACGUCACAUAACGGGAAACCAUUCAGUACCAAGGACAGAGAUAAUGACGACAGCACGUCCAGCUGUGCUCUUGCGUACAAAGGUGCGUGGUGGUACGAAAGUUGCCACAACUCCAACCUGAACGGCCUGUACCACCUGGCUACUCAUGAGAGUUACGCUGACGGAGUCAACUGGAAGCACUGGAAGGGUCAAACCUACUCCCUGAAGCGCACUGAGAUGAAAAUCCGACCAGCUCCAUAAUGCUACAGCAAGUAAAUUUUUUGGAUGACAUCCUUCGCAGACUCCAAAUCUAAUGCGAGCGGCCGAAAAAAAAAACAAGGCGGGCCGAAAAAACAAGGUUCCUACAUUUUGGUUUUGACUCAGUGGGAACUAACAUAUACAUAGUCAGCAUGACAUAUCACCGCAUCAAAGUAAAAAAAAAA